UUAUUAGUGAGUGAACAAAAGUCAAAGCAACCAUGGAGAAAGGAGAGCAACUAUGCGAGGCGGCGAGGAACGGAGACGCAGACAAGGUGAAAGCUUUGAUAGACUCAGGAGCUGAUGUGUCCUACUUCGACGGCGAUGGUCUGACACCACUCAUGCAUGCGGCCAAGCUUGGCCACACCAACGUCGUCAGGAUACUUCUCGAAGAUGGCGCCCCCUGGAAUGCCCUGUCUCCUUCGAACCUCUCCGCCGGAGAUUUCGCCAUGGAUUCUGGCCACCAGGAAACUUUUGAAGUUCUCCUUAAUGCUGGAAUUCAGGCUGAGUUGAUACUGGGAACUAUAGCGAGGUCAGCAAAAAUAAACGGUGAUUCUACGGGCGAUUACUUGGUUGACAGGGUUAGCUUUAGUGAAGACAAGCUGAUGGACUCCAAUAGCAAAGCUGUUAUGAUGGCGUGGGAGAAACCACUGAUGGAGGCUCAUGCAAAAGCUGUUUGCUCAGGAGGUGGUCAUAUAUUAAACAUUGGCUUUGGAAUGGGGCUUGUAGAUACAGCAAUUCAACAAUAUGCUCCUGUUACACACACAAUUGUCGAGGCUCACCUGGAGGUUUACAAGCGUAUGCUUCAAACUGGUUGGGGUGAGAAGGAUAAUGUGAAGAUAAAAUUUGGUCGUUGGCAAGAUGUUCUUUCUGAGCUUGAAUCCUAUGAUGGCAUAUUCUUUGACACCUAUGGAGAGUAUUAUGAAGACAUGAGAGAGUUUCACCAACAUCUUCCUAAAUUGUUGAAACCUGGUGGAAUCUACUCGUUUUUUAAUGGUCUUUGUGGAGGUAAUGCAUUUUUUCAUGUUGUUUACUGUCAUUUAGUCUCUUUAGAACUCGAGAACUUGGGCUACUCCACACAGUUGAUUCCUUUGCCUGUUAAGAAUUGUCUGGGGGAAGAGGUCUGGGAAGGUGUGCGUCAAAAAUAUUGGCAGCUAGAUACAUAUUAUCUUCCAGUUUGUCAACCUAUACAAGAUUCUGAAUGAUUCUUGAAUUUGUACCCUUUUUUUCCUGUUUAAUGUAAGCUCUGAAAUAUUUAACUAGUGUGUUUCAAUGUUUUCAUCCCUCUUCAUUUAAGGAUUGGUAGGAUGCUAUUGAUCA